AUGAUGUGGAAGUUGAACGAUUGCUCUAGAGGUGGCUCGUCCGCACCUCUGAAGACUGCGUUGAAGCGCGACAUCAACCUGCACACGUUCCUCAGCAGCAUUAUGGAGGGUAUACAGUAUAUUGCUACAUAUUGCUGCAUAUUUCAGCAACUGGAAGCAAACCUCGUUUUCACAUCAUUAGGACACGGCCAUGGUAAAAAAACCAACGUAAGUCUACGCAGUUGGAAGAAACGAUAUCAUGAGCUAAUCUCAACAAUCUCGACGACGUGUUAUUCCAGAGACCCUCUCCUAUCCGAACAAUUCGAUUUCGUGCGUCGUUUCAAUCCAGACUGCAAACUAACCCAUGACUUCGGGCACGGAAAGGGGACUGCGGAGCUGGGAGCUAUCGGCGUGUGCUGUUUCACGGCACAAUUUCUGCUCGUAGGCCACGGGUACCAAGAUGAAGAUUACUACAGUCUGAAAGACGUUACUCUCGAUGGAUUCGGCCACGUCGAUUUCCACGCCGAUCCUCUCUCGCUAGAGCAGUUCACAAACGGUCAGGCUAAAUUCUUCCAUUUCUACUUCGAUGAUAUCAUCUAUGGAGCCCAUCCUUCGUAUGUCAACGCCUUCCGCUGUGUAAAGUAA